UUGGUAAAUCCAGAUUUUAUUUUUUAAUUAAAUAUAAUCACAUUCCUUUAAAAAAUUUGUUAACUUUAUAAAAAUAACUUAUUAGGACUGUUCAGUCUGAUCGCUGUUUCAGAGUUUUGCAGGAUUGCUGGUACCUUUUCUAGAAUAAUGUCAAGCAUGAUGUUUUUCUGAUCAAGCAACAAUAUCCUAGGCCAGUGUAAAUCCCAUUGUCUCUCACUAAUGAUGACAAAUGUCCAAUUGAUCAACCAUCACUUUAAAAUUACUCUCAAUCUGGACUCUUACGUGUGAACAUUACAACGUCAAAAGAGACAAUCACAGACAGUAGGUCUCCAAAUAUCAUAAUGUACAAAGUGUUUCUUAAUAAUCCUUCAAUGCACAUGUCCUCCAUUGCACAGCUACAAUUUCCCCCCAAAUUCUUCUCAUAAUUGAAAGGUACCAAGAGGAAAAUCAUAAGUAUUAGUAUAUCAUAUAUACCAAUAUUUGUGUAUAUUAUCAAAAAACUAUAUGUUUUAAAAGACAUGGAUAAAACAAUGAUGAAUUCAUUUUGUAGUUCGUAGGGUGAAGUUUUGUUAAAGUAAAAACAUAUCCUUUCAGUGCCUCACAGAUUGAGCAGAGUGGUAGAAAAAUGCAGGAAAACUUUAGUUUAUUUUGAUAAAUCAUGCCAGUUCCCUGUUCAAAAUAUCGUCUGCUACAGAGCACGUGUAGAGUCAAGCAUCAGACUGCUGCUUAUUCUGAUAACACUGCUAAGCCCUGUCCUCUUGCCAUAUAUAUUGCUGUAGGGGUGUAAAUUUUUCUAGGUUACUCCCGGCCUUUAAGAUGGCCUUAUCUCCCCCUCUAUCCAAGCUAGACUUCAGAGUUAGAGUAAGUAAUCAUUUUCUCAGACAUUCAAUCACAUCAUUUUUACAUAUACAAUUGUACCCUUGGGAACUCAAAAUCUAAUAAUAUGCUAGUGAAGAUUAGAAUGAUCAAGCCACCUUUGUGAAUCUAUAAAUAUAGCAUCAUCCUGCAGUUGUUGUGCCUAUCAGCUCUACACAAGUGGGCUAGCUGGUGGCUGUGUCAAUGUGCCUGAGAUUUCAGGUCAAAUGUUGAAAUCUGAACAUCUUAGCUGUUGCUGUGUAAACAGGCUAAUAAUAUGUGAUUUCUUUUUUCCUAGAAAGUUGUAACUAUGGUGUAAUUAAGAAACCACUGCAAUGAAGCUGCUGUUUUGGAGGCUGGCCUGGCUGGGACUCUGCCAAGUUGUUCUGAACUUCCCUCUCCCGUCCAUUAACUACACAGAUUUUGAAGCCUAUCCUGUCCCAGACCACUGUCCACUCAACCAAACUACAUGGGAAGAAGCCUCAGUGUUGCUGAACUGUUCCAGCUCCAGUCUUAUAAACCGAUACCACUGCCUGCCGAAUAAGAACAAAACAAAGCUGCUGCAGUUCUGCUACCCCUAUAGACGAAUUAGAAUGAGUCCUGGAUUUUGUUUUGUUGUGGCUGACAAUGGUAGAAUUACCAAUGAAAAUUGUAGCAGUUUCAUAGACAACCAAUGUCAGAUGUCCUAUGACGAUAUCAGCUCUAUCUACAGAUACCCAGCGUGUUUAAGUAUUAACCCUAAGCAUGGCUGUUACACAAGUGACCCUGAUUGUCCCGAUCCUGUAGAAAUUGACAGUUCUGAAGCUUCAGAGACCACAACAGCAGAGGAUAGGAACACAGCUUUAAUUGCCAUAGUGAUUCUUGUACCGGUUGUUGUUGGUGGUGGUGUGAUCACUUCUGUACUGAUUUAUUGCUUUUGUUACAAAAGGAAGCGUAAUAAACCAAGAAAUAAAGAGUCACCUGAAGAAAUAGGACUGUUAGAAACACUGAGACUAAAUGAUGGAGGAGUUACAGUCGAUAUCAAUGAAAACGGAAUAAAAUUUUGUGUCUCUCUAUCCAAUGGGUCUUCAACAAUAUCAUCAAUAAUCUGGAAAAAGAAUGACAGUAUGAUAGAGAUCGACAUCAACACGAGAAAAUACAGUAGAGGAGAGAGUGGUCAGCAUCGAUACUUGGUUAUCCACGAUGUGAAUCACGAUGACAGGGGACAAUACUCAUGUUUUGUAACAUCAGAAACUGGGAAGGAGUCCGAGACCGUUGUUUUUAAUUUAGAUGCUGUUAAUGUUGAAUUGGAUUUCAUCAGUUCAAUUCCUCUUGGAGAAAUUCGAUGUGCAAGACUGACUGCAACUUUCACUUCAAGUGAAAUUCUAGAAACGAUGUGGCUAAAACGUGAUGGGAAUACUACAAAAAGUAUCAAAGUAGAUUAUGAGAAAUAUAGCGAAAGUACGUACUCAUCCAGACAAGAAAUGCAUCUCUUUAUCCAUGAUGUAAAUGAAAGUGAUGCAGGUUCCUACUGGGUCAUUGUGAAAACAACCAGUGGUAUCGGCAUCAGCCGGCCAGGAACAUUAGAUGUCUUACACGACAACAAGGAAUCCUUGUAUGAGGAAUGGGAAAAAGAAAAUGACCAUUUCGUGAGUUGGUCUGCCUCAAGUCAUGUGAUAGAAUCAUUGCAGAACAACAACAUAGUAAUCAUUACCGGAGAACAAGGAUCCGGAAAAUCGGCCAUCAUUCACAAUGUUGCUGUUCAUCUGAAAUCAAGAAGUUGUAAAAUUGUCUUUGUGUCCCAUCUCAAAGAUAUAAUUGCAUGUUGGCAAUCUGAAGAUAACAAGGUUUGCUACAUCAUUGAAGACCCCUUUGGAAAGACGGUAUUGGACAUAUCAAAACUGUUUCAUUACCUCAGUAUUGCACCACGGAUACAAAAUUCAAAGCAGGUCAAGUUGCUGAUGGCAGUGUCCCUGCCAGUAUACAAGAAAAUUUGUCAAAUUGAAAGCAUUGCAUCAUGUAUAGAUACAGUAAAUUUGUCCUGUGAACAAUAUGAUGAGGAAGAGAAAGCAAAGAUAUUUCAGCUAACUGAAGUACCUGCAGAUCUCCAAAAACAAAUGGCUGCAAAGGAAAAUUUUCCAUUCUUGUGUUAUUUAUACGCAAACGAAGGAUUCGAGUGUCAGAAUGAUCAAGGAACAAAUUUUACAGCUGAAUAUGAAAAACACAUUGCUGAAAAAAUAAGUAGGAAUCAUAGAGAUGUCGUUCCCAACAUAUUAGCAUGGAUGGUUUUAUGCAUAUUCAACAAUAAUGUUCUUAACAGUAUCUCUUUCCAAAAUGCUGCAAUUGUGGAAUGGAUGGGCAAGAAUGCAAAUGGACAACUGAGGGAAGCAUUUGAAUCUCCAGGCUCAACCAGAACAUAUCUUGAAAGAUCGAUAUAUGGAGAUAGUGUUUUUACUAUCAAACGUGACAAGGUUUUGGAAGUCGUUGUCGGCCUACUUAAACAAAUGAACAAAGGACUUAGUCAGUUAAGACAUAUUCCACCCAUGUUCUUCGGAUUGUUUCUUAGAAAGCUAGAACUACCAAAAUCUGUUGAUAUAUUUUUUAAUGUAAAUUGUGUAAACUUGUGUGAAAUCUUUGAGAGUGAUGAUAUGAUACAUUUUCUGGAACAAAUACCUUUGACAGGUGACAUUCCUAUGGAUGAUUUAAAGAGAGUGUUUCUUUCAGAAUCCGUAUACGAUAUUGUCAAUGCAUGGGGAUCAGAUCCUUGUGGAGAAGUUGAUCUGUCAAGGCAAAAUGUGGAGCUGUAUGGAUAUACCCUUUUGUUUUCAUUUACACUGACUCAUAACAACAUGAGAAAGAUACUGAAGACAAAGGUUUUGUGGUGGGUAGCAAAAUUCGGAUCAAUUCGGCUUUUAAAAAACAUUCUAGACAUCAUCAAUUCUGACGAAUUUAGUGAGGAAUUGAAAAGAUUGUUAGAGCUGUCGUGUUUUUCUAAUUCCAAAGACAAACUAGAGCUUAUAUUAGAACGUAGGGAAAUGUAUGGAACACCAGAUGAGGAUCGCGUUAUUUUUGAAGUACCAGUAAAGAUUGCGUUUUUCCGCAAAAGCGAAACUUUAUUAGGAUUCCUGAAUGAGAAAGGUGCAAAAUUAGAUAACAUAGAAAUAGAUGGAAAGACUUUGCUUUCAGCAUCGAUCCAUGAUCGCCAAGAGGAUGGCGAAGUCGAUGACCUCCAGUUCACAAAAUUUUUGGCUAAAAAGAUGAAGGAUAUAAACAAAGAAGACAGAAAUGGAAAAACGGCACUUCUGAUAGCAAAAGAGAAGGGAGAUAACAAAUUAGUGAAAAUGCUUCCAGGACAGAAAGCUAAUGUAAAUAAAUGUGGUCCUCGAAACAGAACACCAUUAUUUGUAGCUGCUGAGAAAGAUCAAUACCAAAUUCUCAAGGAACUCCUCCGACAUGAAGCGAGAAUUGACAGUUAUGACGCAAAUGGUCGUUCGUCACUUCACGAAGCUGCACGAAGGGGACAUAUCAAAAUAGUCCAGCAUUUAGUAAAGAGGGGGGCAAACGUGAAUAAGCCUGACAUAGAUAAAAAGACACCGCUUCAUCUGGCAGUGGAAGAGAAUCGGUACGAAGUAGCUGAAUUCUUAGUAUCGAAAAAUUCGAAUAUUGAUAGCCUUGAUAAACUGUGUCAAUCCCCACUGUACAUUGCAGCGAAAUUAGGGUUAGAUCAAAUACUUGAAUUGUUGAUAAACAAGGGUGGAGAUGUGAACAUUUGCAACAAGGAUUGGAAAACCCCUCUGCAUGUUGCAGCUCACCUUAAAAAUACAAAAAUUGUGAAACAGUUACUUGAAGGAAAAGCCAAAGUAAAUAUGAAGGACAAAGAUUCUAAUUUAGCUUUACACUUAGCAACCAGGGAAGGAAAGCUAGACAUUGUUAAGUUAUUGCUCAAGAAAAAUGCUGACGUAAAUGUUGUAAAUAACCAGGAUGAAUCGCCCUUGUUUUUAGCAUGCAGCAAUGGGAAUUAUGACAUUGUGAAAGAGUUAGUGAAAUCUGAGGCAUCUGUGAAUAUCAGGAAUAUCGAAUACUACACUAGCCUGCAUGCAGCAUCCGAAAAGAAUUUAAUAGAAAUUGUAGAAUAUCUUGUAACAAAGGGGGCUACCAUCAAUGCUAACGAUAAGACUAACAAGACACCUCUGUAUUGUGCCUGUGAAAGAGGGAAUACCAACGUCAUCAGGUACCUAUUGAAAAACGGCGCCAAUGUACAUUUGUGUGAUGAGCACAACGUAACGCCUCUGAUUUUAGUUUCCAAAACUGGUCAACUAGAGAAUGUAAAAUUAAUUGUAGAACAUUUGGAUGACCCAAAACAAAUAAACAGAUGCGACAACGAAAGGAAAUCAGCGCUUCAUCAUGCUUGUUCUGAACAUUCACAAGAUGUCGUGAAAUACUUGAAAAAGAACCAUGCUGACUUAACACUUAGAGAUGCUGAAGGUUGUACUCCAAUAGACAUUGCCAGGGAGAACGAUUUUGAUGACUUGGUCGACAUUCUAUCAACCUGGAAAAGAUAUUUUUAAGGGACUUUUAAAACGAGUCAGGGGGCAAAUAUAAAGCAGAAGGUCACAGUUUUACAUAUAGUAUUAUGACAGGUGAGAGAGAGAGAGAGAGAGAGAGAGAGACUGUAAAAGUAUUUACAAUAGUGCAGUUAAAAUUAAUGUAUUAUAUAACAUGACAACAUGCUGAUACAAAUGUGUACUCCAGAAAGCAGUUCUAGUACCGCUACAAUAUUAACAGUCAGUAUUUCAAAUCUGGUAAUAAAAUUAUACCAUUUAGUAUUAUAUAUAUUCAAAUAUGGUAAUGAAAUUAUACCAUUUAGUAUUACAUGUAUAUAUAAUUAUACGAGACACAUUUCAGUACUGUGUAUGCAAUUUACCAUGGAAUCUUGAUGAAAUGGAAUGUUCAACAUUACAAAGUUUUACCAUUACAAAGUUUUAAAUGUUUUCCAGUUUUAUAUGGAGAGAAAACUUUAUUUAGAAUAUCUGCAUAAAAGAAAGCAAAAUGUUUUUAAGACUAGUUCCUUUGUAAAAGGUAGUUGGAAAUCCCCAUACAGACCAGUUUGUAGAAAGGCAGCGUGUAGUGGAAUUGUCAGUAUUCCAUGUAGAAAUUAUGUCAUAUAUUGUAUAGUACUGCAGUUGUACUGUUCCUCUUUUACUUAAUGUUAUUUUUACGAUGUGUUUUGAUGUAUAAUACUAAUGUUAUUUCAGACGUAUGCAAUGCUGAAAAUGAAAUGUUAUUUGUAAUAUGUAUAUGAAUUGAUCAUUUUGACAUUUAUGAGAUUAAUCACUGCUCGUCAUCUUCCCCUCUCACAUAGUCUGUCAUCUUCAUAUAGUCUGUCAUCUUCCCCUCUCACAUAGUCUGUCAUCUUCUCUCUCACAUAGUCUGUCAUCUUCACCUCUCACAUAGUCUGUCAUAAUCCCCUCUCAUAUAGUCUGUCAUCUUCCCCUCUCACAUAGUCUGUCAUCUUCACCUCUCACAUAGUCUGUCAUCUUCACCUCUCACAUAGUCUGUCAUCUUCCCCUCUCACAUAGUUUGCUGUAAACCUAUCUUGCUUAUUAUUUUCCUUACCUAUGAUAAAGGUAGAUUCGGAGGUGAGCAAACAUUCAUUUCAUUUUUCUGUCUUGCAUAUUUCAUCUCAAAUUGAGAUGAAGUGAAAUGUUGGCAUGCCAACAAAUAAUCUCUUGUGUGUAAGAUUUUUUUUAGAAGGGAGAAGGUGGCAUUUUUUUGUAAAUGUUAAAUUGAUCUCGUACAUUUGACUUUAAGGAUCGGUUCAAAUUAGGUGAAGUGGAUUAAAUGUAUUUAAAAUUUUAAAGUGCUCUAUUUAAUCUAUACUGCAGAUCGAUCUCACUGAAUGAUUGGAUUGGAUUUGCAUAAUUGCACUCAUUAUUGGCCGCAGGAAUUGUCAAUAUAUUAGUGGUUGUGUUAUUUAGAAAGACGGAGAAAUGAGAAAUUAUUUUUUUUAUCGUUUUGGUAGAUUUUUAAAAAAAGAUAUUCAGAUAUACGUCUUGAUUGUUGUUAUUUUUAAAAAUAUGUUUCAUGUUUAUUCAUUGUUAAUAUAUAAGAGAUUAUUUUACGAUUUUUCGAAGUUUUUGCAACAAGUACUUCUCGUAAAGGCAUUGUGUGAUAUAUAAUCAAAGCAACUCUUUAUAUAUGAGUUUUGGAGUAUUAAUUUGAUAAAUAAAUGUAUUUAUACAAAAAAAA